GCGCCAGGCUGGCGGGCCGAGCAGAGGGCAGCGGGCAGGGUGGCCGGCGGCGGCGGUGGCGGAGGCCCGGCUGUUCAUUAGAGGGCGCUCUGGGGGCGGCGCUCGCCGCAGUCUCGGCUCCCGCCGCUUCCUUCUCCUCCUCCCCCUCCUCUCGCCGCCGCCGCCGCCGCCGCUGCUGCUCCCCCGUAGCGUCUCCCGGCAGCUAGCGGGCCGUGGGCACCGAGCGCGGCCGAAGGCCGGGGUCUACGCCCGCGAGGUCGCCUAGAGCCGCCGCGGGCGAUGAAUUCUUGGGGCUCCUCCCGCCCCAGCAGCCCGGCGAGGGGCCAGGCCAGCUCGAGGCUGCUGGAAGGGGAGUGAGAGGCCGCUCGCCGCAGCCGGGCCCGGGGCCGGUUCGGCCGCCGCCGAGUCCAUGACCCCGACUCCUCCUCCGGGGACAGCAGCCGCCGCCGCCGCCGCCCCGCAGCAUCGGGCCCCCAGCAGCCGGCUCCCAGCCCCGCUGGCCCCGGUCCCUCCUCCCCCUGCUCCUCCGCCUCCUGCGCUUCUUCGUCCUCUCUCUCCAGUCCUCGGCUGCCCGUCCUCGGGGCUGCGGAAGGAAGAGGCUUCAGACUCCAGUGUGAGAAUGGCUGUGACUUUAGAAGAAGUUCCAUGGGUGUGCAUGACCUUUGUGAAAGCUGUCCUGAGGUUUGCCUUCAUGGUCAUGAAUAACUUGGUCGCCAUUCCAUCCUACAUCUUCUAUAUCAUAAUUCUUCAGCCUCUCCGAGUGCUGGACAGGAAGCUCUUCUGGUAUAUCGAAGGAAUCAUGUUCAAGUGGCUUUUAGCAAUGGUGGCUUCCUGGGGUUGGUGUGCAGGCUAUACAGUAAUGGAGUGGGGUGAAGAUAUUAAAGCAAUUUCAGAAGAUGAAGCGGUGAUGUUGGUGAACCAUCAAGCAACAGGAGAUGUAUGCACUUUAAUGAUGUGCCUACAGGACAAAGGAAUGGUUGUUGCUCAGAUGAUGUGGUUGAUGGAUCACAUAUUUAAGUAUACAAACUUUGGUAUUGUUUCUCUAAUUCAUGGAGAUUUCUUUAUAAGACAGGGAAAAUCUCAUCGUGACCAGCAGCUUGUUCUUCUUAAGAAGCACCUAAAAAAUUAUUACAGGAGUCGAGAUCGAAAGUGGAUUGUUCUGUUUCCAGAAGGUGGCUUCCUCAGGAAGAGACGAGAAACAAGUCAGGCAUUUGCCAAGAAAAAUAAUUUGCCAUUCCUUACACAUGUCACCCUGCCAAGGCUUGGGGCAACACAAGUUAUUCUGAAUGAACUUGUAGCGCAACAAGAAAAUGGAACCCCAGCAGGUGGAGAUGCUAGGGUGUUAGAGAAUAAACCAAAAGGCCUCCAAUGGGUCAUAGAUACAACCAUAGUUUAUCCUAAUGCUGAACCUAUAGACAUCCAAACCUGGAUUCUUGGAUAUAGGCGACCAACAGUCACUCAUGUUCAUUACAGGAUUUUUCCAAUUAAAGAUGUACCUUUGGAGAAUGAUGCCCUUGCUAAUUGGCUUUAUCAGCGGUUCAUUGAGAAGGAGGACCUCUUGUCACACUUUUAUCAAACAGGAGCUUUUCCUCCCCUAAUGGGCCAGAAGAAGGCUGUUUCUAAGGAGAUGACCCUCAACAACAUGUGGCUAUUUUUCAUACAGUCCUUAGCAUUUUUAUCAGGCUAUAUGUGGUACAACAUUCUACGGUAUUUUUAUCAUUACCUAUUCUAGGAGUUGAAUGGGACCUAUGGACACCAUAAGAGUUUAGGCUUUUGCAAAUGUGCAUUAUAUUACAUGUGCAAAUGAGAAUAUACGCAAGUAAAGGAAAUUGGAUGGCCAGCUUAAUUUUUAUCCCUCUUUGGGGAAAUUUUAAACUUUACUAAAAGUGAGGAUCAGUAAUAUAAUGACCUGCUAAUGUAUUUUAAGAACUUUCCAUGUUUUUAAAAGGUAUGCUAUACCACAAACAUGUAACAAAAACAUGCUGUUGGAAGAAGAGGAGAUCAUAAUGUCAUUCUGGAAGACUAAGAGAAAUUAUAUCACCACUGAAUAUUCUUGGAAAUUUAGUUCAAGUUUAGAAAGCUCGGUUUUCCUCUUAUCCAGUAGUCUGUACUACCACAAUGUUCUAGAGAUCUCGUUUCUACCAGUUGAAGUUAUGUUGCCACUAACAUUUCUGGGAGCAGUUGGGGCCUUCUUCAUAACUGUUUUUGGGUCAUCAGUUCCUAUUUUAAAACAAAAACAAAACCAUUCCUAAACACCUAAAUGAAAUAUAGUGUCAGACAUUCUCUGUGGAAAAAGCCAGUGCUCAUUAGGCAUAAUAGUACUAGGAUGUGCUUAAACAACAACAGAAAUUGACCCUGGCUAUCUUGGUUUCUACUUUUUUGAGUUUAUCAUCUACCAUCAUGUUUACAUGUGCUAGUGCUUUCCCAUUUCCAAGGGAGUGAAAAAAUGUCUUGUGAUUUGAUUUCUCAUCUUUAGAAUACAUUUCAUGGAUUAAUUAUUAUCUCUUGCAAAAUGCACUUUUAAGAGAUGCAGAUACAGUGAAGGGAAAGUCUAUAGCUUGAGAUCAAUUGAAUUUUUAUAAGUGGGUUUCUUCAGAGGCGUUGCUGCAUCUGAAGGUUUACUCGAGUGCUGAUGCUCUUCAGCACAGCAAUGCUUUGGGUUCCACACCUUUGCUGAUGUGACAGUUACAUCGCUCAGAAGCCUUUUGUUUUGGGGUUUCCCCCCCAUUUUGAUGUGCUAACACUACAGACAUUUGGGGAUGAUUAAAACAAGUUAAUGCCAAACAACUACAGAAAAUAGACUAGUUAGUUGAUAGAAAACUAAUAAUAGCUAGAGCCAGACACUGGCUUAAAAUGAUAGGAAGUUAUUCAGUCUCCUGUGACAAGGUACAAACAUAGCCCUCUAGAUAUUUGUACAAACAGCAUUAUUGUCACUGUAUCAAAAGUAGUUGCUAGUCUCAGGGGAAGGAAAGUUAACUAGGAGGCAAAUUGAUGCAAAUACAGCCUCUUUCUUCCAAAAGCUUUUAAAGUAGUCUGGUUCUUGUUGAUUCCUAGAAAAUGUAGUUCUUGUCAUCCUGUUUGUGUGAUUUACCUCGUGAUAGAACCAAAUUCUUCCUUUAAAAGAGCUACAUCGGUACAUAGUUUAAAAUGCCAGAUGUUGAGCUACUGGGUGUUUGUGGUUUGGAAUUGUAAAAUUAUUCUGAUCCAAGUUAAGUCAACUGUAGUGUUCUGUGCUCUUGGCAACAUAGACUCCCCUGUUGCCUCUAAUCACACAAAUACCAAUUUUGAUAGGUAGUCUAUAAGAUUAAAAAAAAAAACCUAAAUAUUUUCCAUUUAAAAUAAACCAAAAACUAGAAAGAUGUGAACUUCCUCUCAGUUUUGUGGGAAAGGUUAAUUAACACCAAAUAAAAGCCCACAACAGCUUCAUCCUUCAAGGUAACUCAGUGCAUAAGUAACAAAGAACAUAAUGCAGUAACUGAAAUACCUCAUUGACUGGAAGUACUGCUACUGGUAAAAUGCAGAAAUGUUGAUGUACUUUGGGAAAUGUUCAUUGUAAGAUGAAGUCUUGAAACCCAGCUUUUUAUUGACUUCCCAUACACAGUGACAGUGCACACAUGCAGCCCAGCUCACCCUAGAGGCACCCAACAAAAGAAGUAGAAAGCAAAUUCUCUUCAUGUCCUCUUCAUAUCCAGGUGAUCCUAAGUAGACCCUCAUUCCUAAAGAAGUCUGCAUAGUGGUUAUUCUGUUGGUUUCCCCCUCAGAGUAAUGUAGAUAUGUGACCAUUUUUAAAAAGUACUUUAUUCUGAUGUUCAGUUGAAAAAAAAAAAAAAGGUUUUCUAUAAAGGGACAGUUAUGCUCUUUAAAUGAUCCGCACACAUCAAAGAAACUCCAUCCUGGAAUAGAAUACUUUCCCCUAGAGUAGUGGGUCAGACAGGACAAGCAAGUGUGCCAGUUAUGUGGCGGGUGUGCACAGUGUAUAGACGGGUAUACAGUUGACCCAAUAACUUUUUAAAUUAUUUUAAAGCAUAUCUUUCUCUUCUGUUUGUAAAAAUAUUUGUUUCAGAGCACUGAUUGUAGUUUCCUUCCCAGUGAGUAGCAUUCUCCUACUUGCACUAAAGAAUGUGAAAGGAGAAUCAGUGUUCCUUCUUAUAAUGGUAAUCAGGGUGUUUUUUGUUGUUUUUAAAAAACAAACAAACCAAACUCUGUAUAAACCUUCCAGUUUGCAGUGUCGUUUUUGUGUGAAGGGGAAGGAAAUUCAAAGGACUCUCGUUUUAUCAAGAGAAAGCAUUAUAAAGCUUUUAGGAAAUAGUCAUUGUGCUAACUUAAGCUGUUUGGAGCUCACCAAUUAAGUUAGCCUGUAGAACCUCACCUCCUCUGCAUUUCAGUCGGUCUCCCUAUAUUGCCUCAGCAGAGAGAUCAGUGUGUACUUCUAGAAACCCAGCAAUCCUGAGUGUUGCUUUCUAUUGGUAGGACCCGUAACUUGGUUUCAGUGACUACAAAAGUGAUCUAAAUACACCUGUUGACUGUAACUUUAAGAACCAGUUGUUUGGUGUUUUAGGUGCAUUGCUGUGGAGAAACCUAUUAUCCAGUGGAGGCUGGGGAGCAAAUUGCAGAAAGUAAUAAAGGUUUAAAGGAGAAACAAGUUAUCUAUUACAUUUAGUUAGGAGUUUCUAGACAAUAGGUAUUUUUUUACAGGUAGCUUGUAUGUUCAAGUCGAUAUGAUUGGGUAGUUUGUUCAUUACAGCCAAACCUUGUUUAUUACCUAGCUUUAUGUGGAUAAUUGAAAUUCACAGAUAAUCCAAAAAUCUACUCUAUUAGUUUCAAUCUCCUCUCUAGUCAAAUCUUGAAACAGAAAUGUUACCAAGUACAAUGUUGUUUUGAUUUGUAGCUCCCCUGGUCAUAUUUUUGUGAGUGUGUUAUUGAGUCGUAAAAUGAGUAAAAGGCAACCAGAAGAGGGGAAACAAGAAGCUGGAUUAAUCCACAGACUGAAUGGUCAGUUCCUGAAUAACCAAGAGGUGGCUGUAUUAAAGCUGUUCUCAAACUGUUUUAUCAAAUUGAAACCUAAAUCACCAAAUGUAAACUUCUGCGGUACAACCUCCUAUUGUUAAUGCCUUUGGGAUUUGUUUUAUGAAUGUUCAUCUCCCCGCCACCCCCAUUUGUUUUAGUAAUUUUCUUUUUUGACAAUCACUUCACUGAACACUUCUGUAAUAUUUAAACUUGGUUAUAAUAAAUGACCUUCAAUCAUGACAAGUAGGAGUUGGGUUUGUGUUGAUAUUUAAGAAAAAAUUAUUUGCACUGCUAAAUAGGAAGAUUUUAUUAUUUUAAUUAUUUUCUCUUUUCCCCUCUUUUUUAAAAAAUGAAAUAUACUUUACCAUGAUGAUAGUAUUCAACUCUGGGUUCACAAAGAGCAAAAAGUAAAAACGAUCUGUUUUCUUGCUACACAGUGCUGUGAACCUUACGUCUGUUAAAAAGAAAGGAAAAGUCAAGUGCUGGGCUUGGCCCACAGGUACAUUGGUUCAGUUUAUAUGUGGGUAAAGCAAGAAUGUACUUGGGACCAAAACCACCUAAGUGGGGGAUAUCUAAAUCACAAAGAAGCCUGGAAGUUCUUUGGAGCAGUCAUUGGUUGGUGCUUUACUUCAACCAUUUUGCACCAGUCCCCAACAAUUAAGAACUGGGCCCUGGAAAUAAACUGAGGGUGCUGGAUUGUUGGGGGAAGGUGACUGGAGCCAUAUGAAAGAUACAAUAUGGAUUUUUUUUUUUUGCAAAAUUACAUAUUUGUGGAUUUUUACAUUUAGUAUUUUUUUAAAACAGUUUAAAGAGCAAAAUAAACUUGUAUUCUAGUUGCAAAGUAUGCACACAUAUUUUGAAUGGCUUUAUUUUUAUUGUGUAAAACUGUUGAACACUUAACUGAUGCAUAAAUUCUUUACAUGUUAAGGAAUCUAUGCAUUUGACAGUAACUUCUGUUUUAUAAUUGGGUAAUGAAACAGUUAUACAUUGAACCACUGUUGUAUUAAAAUACAUUUCUUUUAAGGUUGCUAUUACAAAACUGUGUUUAUUUUAUAAAAUGGAUUUUAGUUUUCCUAAUGCCAUAUUGUUUACUUUAUCCUGUUUGACCUUUCCCUUUUCGUUGGUGUGUUAUUUGCAUGUUCUGUAUGAUAAGAAUGAAUGUAAAGGCUUUUGUGACUAAUUGACUUUUGUAAAGGGCUGGUCACAUGUGGAUCUGUUUUAUUAAUGCAUUUUAAAUGAUUUUAGUAUCAAGAUCACCUUUUCAGAAAUUUGGUGUUAAUACCAAAAACAAAACAAAAAAACGCAAAACAAAAAACCUUUUCUCAACAGAAACUAAUAGCUGGCUCUAUUUUUUUUUAACUGUGCAAGAAAAUAAAAUUGAUUUUCAAGAUAAAGUGCUUCUAAUUUUUCUUAGUUGAAUGGGGUGUUUUGGUGUUGUGUGGGUUUUGUUUUGGGGCUUUGGGGGGGGCUACUUUUUGCAUUGGGGUUUUGAGGAAAGUUCAUAAUGGAAAAGUCAUAAAUUGAUUGCCCCAGGCACACUGAAUUAGACCAGAUGGCAAAAUAUUGUCCUUGGUUUGAAAAGUCCAUUUUUUGUUUUGUUCUUAACCUCUUUAACUCUUGGUAGUGUCAUAUAUUUCUCACAUUUGCUUCAUUCAGAGCUCUCAGGAAAAUGACUUCUCAUCACAAAAAUUCUUCUUUCUAGGCAGGUGAGAACAUUAACUUAAAGGUGGUCUUGUACCUUCUUAUGAUUUAGAAAAAAUGAAACUCAGAACUGUUCCUGAGGAGCUUUAUUAGCUGUUACUUUUCUCAAUUUACUCAUCUACUUUCAAAUUCCUUCAUCAAAGCCAAGUAAACUCAUAAAUGUGUAUCUCAGAUUGAUUUGAAUGCUUGAAGUAUCUAUCAGAUUCAUUUGGUCUACAAAUCUGAGCCCAUUGAAAACUAAAUGGACUGGAGCGUGUUGCACAAUCUACCCAAUGAGUGUGAUGUUCAGUUCAGUCUACCUCUUUUUGGGGGGUCAGGAUUUAGGCCAUUAUUUGGGGGGAGGGAAAAUGGGGUUUUUGUCUUAUGUAGAUGUUUCUGUGAAAGGUGGAGAACAAUUUCAGGGAAGGAGCCCUGAAGGCAAAUGCUAAAGCACGGUGAGAUCCGUUGCUGACCAGCCCUGUUCCUCAUGAGUUUGGGGGAAAAAAAGCCAUUGUUUUUAAUUCCCGCCUAAAUAUGAAUAUGUUUGUUUUUAAAAUGUUUGUUCCUGCUGAAAAAAAAAAUGUAUUUUUAAAAGGAAAAAAAUCCCUCUUUCGGCUAUAAGAUAAAGUCAGCUGUAUGACCAGGUGUGACCAUAUCAUAACAUGCUGAUAUAUGAUAUAAAUCAAUAAAUUUUUACCUCUCAGGAUGUUGACUAA